AGUAGAUGACCAGAGACUGCGGACACAGUACAGGAGAUGACCAGAGACUGCGGACACAGUACAGGAGAUGACCAGAGACUGCGGACACAGUACAGGAGAUGACCAGAGACUGCGGACACAGUACAGGAGAUGACCAGAGACUGCGGACACAGUACAGGAGAUGACCAGAGACUGCAGAAACAGUGCAGGAGAUGACCAGAGACUGCGGACACAGUGCAGGAGAUGACCAGAGACUGCGGACAUAGUGCAGGAGAUGACCAGAGACUGCGGACAUAGUACAGGAGAUGACCAGAGACUGCGGACAGUGCAGGAGAUGACCAGAGACUGCGGACAUAGUGCAGGAGAUGACCAGAGACUGCGGACAGUACAGGGAAUGACCAGAGACUGCGGACACAGUGCAGGAGAUGACCAGAGACUGCGGACACAGUACAGGGGAUGACCAGAGACUGCGGACACAGUACAGG